CAAAAGACAUUAUAAAACACAAAAAUAAAAUUUCCGAUUAAAAAAAUAAAAUAAAAACACUAAUCCUCUCUCUCUCUCUCUCUCUCUCCAAUCCACGGCGAUUUUGAUAAAGCCACCUUAUUACACACUUUUCUGUCUCUCUACCUCUAUAUCCGCCGCUCCUUCUACAAAUCUUCCACUGAUUUUGUCUCUGUUAUUACGCUCGCUUCUUCCUCGCGCAAAACCUUAGGAAAGAGAAGGGAAAAGAAAAAACAGGACGACUUGUUUUCUUCUCUCUCCCCUCUACUUAGAAGUUCCAAACUUUACUCUCUACUCCAAAAGUUUCAAACUUUACCUCACUGUCUCUCGUUUUCCUGAGAGAGUUUUCACAAAAUGAAGAAACGCCAUCCGGGUGUUUCUUUAAUUCCCUUUUUCUUUAUGGGUUUUCUCUCUCUUGCAAAUUCUCAACAAAAUGGUGACGCUUCAGUGAUGUUAAAACUCAAAGAAAGUCUAGGCAACCCAUCAUUUUGGUCUGGUUCGGAUCCGUGUAAUGAUAAAUGGGAUCAUGUUACAUGUGAUUCCAGUAACCGGGUUACCGAUAUCCAAAUCGGAAGGCAAAAUUUAGUGGGUACUUUACCUCCGGAGCUUUCAAAGCUUACAGCUUUAAAAAGACUCGAGGUGAUGUUUAAUAAUUUAUCUGGUCCUGUGCCCAGUCUUUCUGGGUUAAGUUCAUUGCAAGUUGUUCUUUUGCAUAAUAAUGAGUUUUCUUCAUUUCCUUCUGAUUUCUUCAAUGGGUUAAAUUCUAUUACUACUGUGAGUCUUGAUUAUAAUCCUUUUACACCUUGGGAAAUCCCUGUUAGUCUUACAAAUGCUUCGACUUUGAAGGAGUUUUCUGCUAAUAAGGCUAGUAUAACUGGCAAAAUUCCUGACUUUUUUAAUAAUGAUGUGUUUCCUGGAUUGGAAAGUUUGCAUUUGGCUAUGAAUUCUUUAGAGGGGGAAUUACCAGGGAGUUUUUCAAGGUCUCCUACGAUUACUUCACUUUGGCUCAAUGGGCAAAGACUCAAUGGUACUAUUUCUGUGUUGCAAAACAUGACUGGUUUGACUGAGAUUUGGUUACAUAUGAAUCAGUUCACUGGUCCUUUACCGGAGUUUAAUGAUUUUAAUGGAUUGCAGAAAUUGAGUUUGAGAGAUAAUAGAUUCACUGGUAUCGUUCCAGAAUCACUAGUAAAGCUACCAACUCUUUCUGUUGUCAAUUUGACCAACAAUCUGCUUCAGGGACCAACACCAGAGUUUCCUGAUUCAGUUAGAGUGGAUAUGACUUCUGAAUCAAAUAGAUUUUGCACACCUAAUCCAGGUGUUGCUUGUGAUCAUCGUGUUGAGGUUCUUUUAUCCAUUGUGAAAGAUUUUGGUUACCCUGCUAAUUUAGCUGACAAUUGGGAAGGAAAUGACCCUUGUGCACAAUGGAAGGGGAUUACAUGUUCACCCGGUGGAAAUAUUACAGUUAUCAACUUUCAGGGUAUGGGCCUUACUGGUACAAUUUCUCCAAAUUUUUCUUUGAUUCCUUCAUUGCAAAAAUUGAUUUUGGCAAAUAAUUCUCUUAAUGGUACAAUACCAUCUGAGCUUACAACCAUGCCUAGUCUUUCUUUGUUAAAUGUUGCGAAUAAUCAGCUUUACGGUAAGUUACCUAGUUUCAAACAAGUGCAAGUGAUUACUGAUGGAAACCCUGAUAUUGGAAAGGAUACUAGUAGCUCUAUUCCCCCUGGUUCAACUCCUGGGAGCACCCCUUCUGGUAAACCUGGAGGUGGUAGUAAUUCAGAUGCAACUGGCAAUAAGAAUUCUAGUACAGGAAAGAUUAUUGGCUCUGUAGUUGGUGCUGUUUGUGGUUUAUGUGUGGUCGGGUUGGGUGUGUUUUUCUAUAGUAGGAAACAAAAACGAUAUAGUAAAGUGCAGAGUCCAAAUAUGAUGGUUAUUCAUCCUCGCCACUCUGGGAAUCAGGAUGCAGUGAAGAUCACAGUUGCUGAAUCAAGUACCGUUGGUAGGGCUGAGAGCUGCACUGAUAGUAGUGGACCUAGUGACAUUCACGUGGUUGAGGCUGGAAAUAUGGUGAUCUCAAUCCAAGUUUUGAGAAAUGUGACUAAUGAUUUCAGCGAGGACAAUAUACUAGGAAGAGGGGGUUUUGGAACUGUUUACAAGGGAGAAUUGCAUGAUGGGACAAAGAUUGCAGUGAAGAGAAUGGAAUCAGGAGUAUUGAGUGAAAAGGGUCUAGCAGAGUUCACGUCUGAGAUUGCAGUGCUCAAUAAGGUCCGACAUCGCCACUUGGUUGCACUUCUUGGAUAUUGCUUGGAUGGAAAUGAGAGGCUUCUAGUUUAUGAGUAUAUGCCUCAGGGGACUCUGAGCAAAUUUCUCUUCAACUGGAAGGAAGAGGGGGUGAAACCACUUGAUUGGACUAGAAGAUUGACCAUUGCCUUGGAUGUUGCAAGAGGUGUUGAAUAUCUACAUGGACUGGCCCAUCAAAGUUUUAUUCACAGAGAUCUGAAGCCAUCCAACAUUCUUCUUGGAGAUGAUUUGCGGGCUAAAGUUGCAGAUUUUGGACUGGUUCGUCUUGCUCCAGAAGGGAAAGCAUCAAUUGAAACAAGAUUAGCUGGAACCUUUGGAUAUCUCGCACCAGAAUAUGCAGUAACUGGACGAGUUACUACUAAAGUUGAUGUGUUUAGCUUUGGUGUUAUACUAAUGGAGAUGAUCACCGGCAGAAGAGCGCUUGAUGAUAGCCAGCCUGAGGAUAGCAUGCACCUCGUUACUUGGUUUCGAAGGAUGCACAUCAACAAGGAUACAUUCCGUAAGAGUAUUGACCCAACAAUUGAUCUUGACGAGGAAACUCUUGCCAGCAUUAGCACAGUUGCUGAGCUAGCCGGCCAUUGUACAGCAAGAGAACCCUACCAGAGGCCUGACAUGGGUCACGUGGUCAAUGUUCUUUCAUCUCUUGUUGAGCUUUGGAGACCGGCAGAACCUGAUUCUGAUGACAUAUAUGGGAUCGACCUUGAAAUGACCUUGCCUCAGGCACUCAAGAAGUGGCAAGCAUUUGAGGGAGGCAAUGUUGAUGGGUCUUCGUCAUUUGCUACUAGUACAGAUAAUACCCAGACCAGUAUACCUACUCGGCCAUCGGGCUUUGCAGACUCAUUCACAUCAGCAGAUGGACGAUAAACGAAGACAAGAAAAGUUGGAGAUAUGAUGAUCAUGCUUCCAAUCGGUUUGUUUUGUUUAUUCCUUCUGCUGCUGGUUGUUCUUGUAAGGUUUGGGCUCUCUAUGGAUGUUUUGCCCUUGCUCUCUUCCUCCCUUGUAGGUGAAAAAAGUUCUUUUAUUUUUCUUCUGUCGUCAAGUGGCUAGAAGUUGCAAAUAGGUAGAUACUCUUUAAGAAUGAGAUUAUCUUUAUAUGUCCUCUUUUCCAUUUUCAUCUUCUUUUUUCCUUUUUCUUUACAUGUCUCCUUGAUAUCUGAUUUGCAUUUUAGUUCAGCUUCCCUAUUGCUCUACAAGAUACCUAGCAUAAAGCUUUGGCAUUGGAACCAAUGGUUGGUCAGAAUUUUAUUUCAUUCUAAAAACCUAUGUAUGACAUAUGAACAUUUAUUCUAUACUCUAUUUAAUUUAAUCAAGUUCUCUCAUUAUCCCUUAA